ACUGAUGACAUCAUUAAUCCGUCAAAAACUAACGGUCCUCAUGGUUGAGUGGAAUCCAUUGUUGAGUUGGAGACCAUGUGGCCUUUAUUGAGUGUGACAUCACAUGCUCUCUAUGCUUGAAUCCGAAGAAGAUGAACCCAUCCAAGAUUUAUCAUCCCUAAUCACCUCCCUACAGCAAGGGCUCUCAUUGGAAUCUUUAUCGGGUAUUUUUCUAUGUCUAACAACCAUGGAUACCAAUGAGGUUACGGCAUCUAUCGCUGUGAAAGAUUAUAAUUUCGCUAGUUGUUCUUUCUCUUCUUCUAAUUUGUUGAAAGAUGAGGAGGAUAUUAUAAGGCAUUUGCUGGAAGCAUCUAACGAUGAGAAUGACCAUGGGGAUUUCGACAAAGAGGUUGGGGUAGUCGAGCUGGUUAGGUGCGGUGGAGAAGAUUUGAACGGUGGUGGAGAUGAGUUACCGGCGUGGUCUAAUGGGUUGUGGGAGCUUGAAGAUGAAGCCGCUAAAUAGAAAAGGGAAUGCAAAUCAAAACAUUCCUCAAAUUGAGAAUCUUGCAUUGUGUAUUCACUACAAUAAAAUAGAUAUUUUGUG